AUGUGGGAAAAGGGCUCAUCAAAUGGGACUACUGUGGCUGGUCAAACAGGAAUACCCGGUUCAGCUUUAAAUCAAUUACAUACUCCUGAAGCAAUAUGGGUUGAUUCGAAGAAAAAUUUAUACAUUGCAGAUUUAAGGAACCAUCGUAUAGUAAGAUGGUUAUCUCAAUCAUCAACUGUGGUAGCCGGAGGAAAUGAACAAGGUGAUUUACCGAAUCAAUUGAACGAUCCCGUAGGACUGUAUUUUGAUGAACCAAAUAAUGAUUUAUAUAUUUCAAAUUAUCUUGGGCAUUCAAUAACAAAAUGGAAAAUAGGUGAAACAGCAGGUACAUUUAUUGCAGGUACACCUGGUAAGAAUGGUACCAGUUCAACACAAUUUUAUAGUCCAUCUACUGUAGCAUUGGAUAAAAAUGGUAAUAUGUAUAUUGCUGAUACUUCUAAUCAUCGUAUUCAAUUAUUUUGUUAUGGUUCAUUAAAAGAAGGUAAAACAAUUGCUGGUAUAACGGGUCAAAUGGUAAUAACCCUAAUCAAUUAA